CGCCGAGCGGCCGGGGCGGGGGCUCCGGGCUCCGCGGCCCGGCGCACGGUCGGAGCCUGAGGCCGGGGCCGGACGCCUGGUGGCAGGACUCGGGGCCCCGCGCCCAGCGGUGCCUCCCGCUCCCCCUGCAGCCCGGCCGGGAUGGGCAGCGCCGCCGCGUCGGGCCCCCUACCCGCCUUCCAGUUCCGGCCGCGGCGCGGGAGCCCGGACUGGCGCCGGCUGAGCGCCGUGGACGUGGAGCGGGUGGCGGGCGAGCUGGACGUGGCGGCCCUGCAGGAGCACCUGGGCCACGUCACUUUCUGCAGCGCCGAGCGGCUGCGCUGCCCGCACUGCCAGGGCCCCGCCGACCCGCUGCUGCUCAAGCUGGUGCGCCUGGCGCAGCUCUCCAUCGAGUACCUGCUGCACUGCCAGCAGCACCUGGGCGCCCAGCUGCGGGGCCGCGAGCAGGCGCUGCGGGCGGCCGACGCCCAGCUCGGUGAGGUGGGCAAGGAGGCGGCCCGGCGCGCCCAGGAGAUGAAGCUGCUGAAGGAGGAGUGCAGGCAGCGGAAGAAGAUGAUCAGCACCCAGCAGAUGAUGCUGGAGGCUAGAGCCAGCUAUCACCAGUGUCAGUUUUGUGAUAAGGCUUUUAUGAACUAUUCCUUUCUACAAAGUCAUAUGCAACGACGCCAUAAGGAAGAGUCUCACACUGCAGAACAAAAGAAGAAAGCAAAGACAGAUAAAUUACAGGAUGAGAUCGAUAAGUUGAAGGAGCAGUUACAGCUCACCAAGUCCCUCCUAGAAGCUGAACAACAAGCUCACAUGGCCAGAUUUUCUAAGGAAUAUGAACAUCAAAGAUCAAAAGAAGAAGAAAUUCUGCAAUCUUUUCAUAAAUGGAAAGAGGAAGAAAAAGAGAAAUUGGCUGAUGAAAUAGAGAAAGUAAAAGAGAUGUUUAUGAAGGAGUUUAAAGAAUUAGCUGCAAAGAAUACUGUAUUAGAAAAUCAAUUGUUAGAAUUACAGAAGUCCAAUAUGCAGCUGAAAUCCAACUUAGGCACUUUAAAAGACAGCCAUGAAUUUACAGAAGAGAGAACUCAGAAUGAUCAGGAUUAUCAGAAUAUGAUGCAACUUCUUGAAAAACAGGAGGGUAAGUGGACUUCCAGAAUACAAGCCCUUCAUCAAGAACAUGAAAAAGAAAGGUGCCAGCUACUGUCACAGAUUGAGAAGCUUAAAUCAUCAAUGACAGAGGACCUAAAUGCAAGUAACAUCUUCUAUAAGAAAAGGAUAGAGGAGCUAGGGCAGAGGCUUCAGGAACAGAACGAGCUGAUUAUUUCUCAAAAACAGCAGCUAAAACAGUUGUCCACAAAACCACUAAUAAGCGUCAAACCACAUGAUGCUGUUUUAGUGAAUGCUCCAGCACAGCAUGUUGUAGAAUGUAAAUCAAGUCUACCAGACGCACAUGAAAAGGCACUCUUGGUGCAUAUGCUGGAGCCCAUAGAGGAGCUUUCAGAAGAGGAAAAAGAAAUAGAAAAAAAUGAACGCAAAAUAGGCAGAAGUAAGCAACAUUUAAUAAAUGCUUUGAAGACUAAUCCUUCAUUAACUAAGGAAUUACGAACAGUUUUGGAGCAGACCCUGGUGGAGAAGUUGGAAUCCUUGGGAAUUAAAGCAGGUGUUCGUGGUAUCCCAAGUGACCACUUUAACAAAGUCUUAGUUUCUGUCGAAUCUGCCAGAGAAGAGAAAGAGAAACAAGUGCCUAACAUUCAACUAAUUCGAGAGCAUCUUGAAUGCCAAGUCAGCUUCAGGAUUGAGGAGAGAUCAUCAUCGUCUUGUGAUAGGCUUGUUUCCAGCUCUCAUCUUGCUUCAGAAGAUAAACAGAAGAUGGUUCACAUGGCAACUUCCUCAUCAACAGUGCAGCCAAAACCAGCAAAGCAGACUUCUACAGCUGAAUGCCCAGCUGGACAAAGAAUGACUUCUGCUGAGAAUACAUCUACACCAAAACCCAGGAAGCAUAUUUUUCGAGAGGGGGUUUCCAGAAAAACAUCUAGUAUUGGCACUCCACCAUUCAGCUCAGAGGAGGAAGUGGAUGAUGAUGAUAUUAUGCACUCUUACAUAUCACCAGAAUUAUUGCAGCUAAAAACAUCCAGCAACAGCAUGAGUAAUUGUGGUAUGGUUACAGGCAAAAGUGAUAUGGACUGGACUGAAGAAAGUGAAAUGGAGGAGAUUGUAACACCUUCCAAGCCUUCAAAAGGUGCACUUAUCCAAAAACUGACUGAACAAGUUGAAAAGACUCUUUCUAGCCAUGGAAAUAAGAAUAAGCCAGCUGGAGGAAUUAAUGUCACACAGGCAUUUAUUAAAAAAGAAGAUGCACAAGAACUGAAGAUUAUGAACAAACAGGAAAAUGAAGGUGAAGACGACUGCGUUAGCUGCAGAAGCCAAUAUUUUAAGUUUCUCAUGUUGACCUGGUUGACCUAGUUGAUUUAAUUUUUUUUAGUAUUUCAUUUAACUAUUUUAGUUAAAAACAAUUUUAACAAAAACAAACCUGAAGUUAAAAAACUUGAAUGUUUAACUAAAUUCAAAAAUUCAUAUGCUUGUUUUGUUAAAAUAUUAUGUUUGCUGUAGAAGAAAAAAAUCCAGAAUACAUAACGUUGUUGUUUUAGUUAAAUAAAACAAUUUAAAUGUCUGUCUGGUGAUGUUCUCCUAAUACAGCAUGGCAAGAAAAUCCUCCAAAUAUUAACCUGUUGAAUUGGAGAUAUUUAUGAAAUCAUUGGGAGGUGAACUAGCUGCUUCAAUUACCUUUGGUAAAUGAAAUAACCAAACAAUCAUUCAUUUUCUGAUAUUGCUGUAAAACUAAUCUGAAAAGUUUUCAAAAUCAAUCACUUUAAAAAUGUAUAGUGUGUACCUUCUAAAAAUGAAACCUACAUCUAUCUGAGUUGUGAAGACUAUGUAUUAAGGUUAUAACAAGCAACAAGAAUGCACUUUAUGUAGAAAUCCAUGAUUUAAUCGAGUCUUCCUGACUAGUGACUUAAAUCAAAUCCACCCUAGUUGGCGGUCUCACAGACCUGCAUGUACCCAGCUAUCCUGGGGCAGGAUCUGGAGGAAUUCAGGGAGAUUGAAAAAUUCAGAGAAGAAGAAGGUCACCAGGGAAAGGACCCAGACCCUCCAGAGGCAGGGAACCUGGAUCAAGGAAGGGAUGAUGAUGACCCUGGAGAAGGCCACUUGGCCCUAGAGCCACCAAAAGGGAGGCAGAGGCUCACAAACCCCAAAACUGGGAGGAACUGACUACGGAGAUGGACUUUAUCAGUGCCCAGAAGGAGGAUCCAACGCUGACCCAGGCCUAUGAACAGCACACCAAAGUAUAUGGGGAGGUAGUUAAUCCCCAGUAGGCGUGGUGGUUAUGGUCCUAUUUUGAAUUGCAGGAGGAACGGUUAUAGCAGAUGACUCAACAUGCACAAACAGGCAAGACCCAAGCUCAACUACUGGCCCCCAAGAGGUUCUGGGGGCAGGUGCUGCAUGUGGCCAAUACGAUACUCUUUGGGGUGGCACCUUGGGCAUGAGAAGACCCUGGAUUGAGUGGGGCUCAGGUUUUACUG